AAAUCUGUAAACAAACUCAUUCUCAAAAUGGCUUCAAUUUCAGUAGCGUUCACAAUACUUUCAGUCCUUUUGUCUUCAGUUUCUUUGGCAACUUCUGAUCCAGCUUUUGACAACUUUCUCCAAUGCCUUCAUAACCAUAUUAACCCCUCAGACCCCAUCUCUGAAGCCAUCUUCACGCCAGCAAGUUCUUCAUUUGAAUCUGUUCUACAAGCCUAUAUAAAAAACGGAAGGUUUUUGACACCUACAACCCCGAAACCCCUUGCUGUAAUAGCUGCCGGACAUGAAUCCCACGUCCAAGCAACUAUUAUUUGUGCAAAGUUUCAUGGUUUGCAAAUUAGAAUCCGGAGUGGUGGCCAUGAUUGCGAGGGCCUUUCCUAUAGAUCUAACACUCCGGUUGUCCUCCUCGACAUGUUUAAUCUUCGGUCCAUCGACAUUGAUAUUCAAAACGAGACAGCUUGGGUCCAAGCAGGAGCAACUCUUGGUGAACUUUACUAUAGCAUUGCUAACAAAAGCAAAGUUCAUGCUUUUCCAGCAGGGGUUUGCCCUACUAUUGGCGUAGGCGGUCAUGUUAGUCAAGGCGGAUAUGGGAAUAUGUUGCGAAAAUAUGGUCUUUCUAUAGACAAUGUCAUUGAUGCACAAAUAAUAAAUGCAAAUGGCACAAUUCUGAAUAGAGAAACAAUGGGAGAAGAUCUAUUCUGGGCUAUUCGAGGAGGCGGCGGGGCAAGUUUCGGAGUCAUUCUAUCAUGGAAGAUCAAGUUGGUCUCGGUUCCUGAGAUAGUUACUGUGAUCCAUGUAGAAAGGUUCUUGGAGCAAGGUGCAACUGAUAUUGUUUAUCAAUGGCAACAAGUUGCUCACAAUCUAGACAAUGACCUUUUCAUAAGGGCAAUGCCGCAAGUUGUGAAUGGAAGCCGCCCCAAUGAGAAGACUGUUAAAGUCUCCUUUAUCGGCUUCUUUCUUGGACAAAUGGAUAGACUUCUUCAAUUGGUAAACGAGAGCUUUCCCCUUUUAGGGCUAAAGCAAAACGAGUGCAAGGAAUUAAGUUGGAUUGAAUCCACAAUUUUUUGGGCAGAUUUUCCUAAUGGAACAUCCAUUGAUGUUUUGCUCAACAGGCCUUCAAAACCAGUGACAACUUUUUACAAAACCAAGUCUGAUUAUGUGAAGAAUGUGAUUCCGAAGGAAGGGUUAGAAUCUAUUUGGAAGAUGCUGCUGCUUAGAGAUUGGAACAUGAGGAUGGAAUGGAAUCCUUAUGGUGGAAAAAUGAAUGAGAUUUCUGAAACUGAAACUGCAUUUCCACACAGAUCUGGUUACCUUUUCAAGAUUCAAUAUUCCACAUCAUGGGCAGAUGAGGCUAAUAUUGACAACCAAAUUAACUGGUUAAGAGAUGUGUAUGCUGGUAUGCAAACAUAUGUGACCAAGAACCCUAGGGAGGUAUUUAUGAAUUAUAGAGAUCUUGACAUUGGUAGUAAUCCAAGCAACCAGACAGACUUUAAGAAUGCUGAAGUUUAUGGGCAUAAGUUUUUCAAGAACAACUUCCAAAGGCUGACAAAGGUGAAGGCUGCAAUUGAUCCAGAUAAUUUCUUCAAACAUGAACAAAGUAUUCCUCCAUAUCCAGUUUAG